GCCGAGUCGUCACCACGGUCGGAUGGGAAGACGCGGUUGUAGGCUUGCGCGUAUGAUACGGAAGAAGUGGGAGAGAGAGAAAGAGUUACCUUUCGGUCAGUAAUGUGUUGUGUAAACACGUGUGAGUGCGCCUCUUGUCCCCAGUGCUCUAGAAAUUGUGCAGAACGUCCGGGAAGGCCGUGAAAUAUUAUAAAAUUAAGUUCAGAAGCAAAACGUCAGGUGUAUCUUUUUAGCUACUCGACUUCACCGUUUCUCAACGGUUUACCAUUUGACAAGAAACGUUUGUACUCUGCUUUGUGCCACACGUGUUACAUUACUGGAUUUAAAAAUUAAAAUCAAUAUAAAAGAACCUGAAUUAAAAUGCCAAAUCAGAAAUGGAUCACAUUAAGAAUAUGUCUCUUUCUCUUUAUCGGCACGACGAAACUUACAAUCGGAAAUCCCAUCCGAGACGAGAGGUUGAAGAGAGAAGCGGAAAUAGCUGCAACCAAUUGGACUCAACUUGCAGAUGAAUGGUUCGCUGCCAGAGCAAAGGCUGCGGAAAAUUUCGAUGUUACCAUUUUGCCAUUCACUGAUACACUCAGAGAUUUACCACCAACCGUAGAAACUGUUGUCAUUAAUGGUACCAGCCCUGACCAACUUGAACGGUACAAUUAUUCUCGGAUGCUAUGGGAUAUGGAAUCUGCACAGCCAAGCGGACAACUCUCAGGAUUCGUAGACAAAGCUCUAAAGUUAUUAGACUUAAAGCAAGUUAUGAUGGAAGUCGAAACAUCUGUAAUGUCAAAAGUCUCCUGUACAGCGUGCAAAGCCGGCACGGGUCUGCUUCAGUAUUAUAUAAAGGCUGGAAAGAGUGACGAAGACAUUAUGAACAGUAUAUACCAAUUUUGCGUGUCCCUUAAUAUUCAGAGCUCACGAGUUUGUCAAGGAGUAACCUUGCUUUUUGGGAAGGAAGUUAUUUACGUUCUAAAACAAGUAAAUAUGGGUCCACCGCAAAUCUGCAGCUUCAUAAUUGGCGACGCUUGCGACGAUACCUACAAUCCUUUACACGAAUGGGAGGUAGCUUUUCCACCAGUGAACAAACCGCCCAUUAAACCGCCUAUACCGCCGGAAGACGGUGUACCGACCUUCAAAGUGCUUCACAUCUCUGAUACACAUUAUGAUCCGUACUAUCAAGAGGGCGCAAACGCGGAUUGCAAUGAACCAUUGUGCUGUAGACUUACCAAUGGAGCACCACUUAACUCGGCCGCUGCUGCCGGCCGUUGGGGAGACUACAGGAAAUGUGACACACCGAAAAGAACAGUCGAACAUAUGCUCAAACAUAUCGCCGACACGCAUUUAGAUAUAGAUUAUAUUCUAUGGACGGGAGACAUUCCACCCCAUGAUGUUUGGGCGCAAACGCGGGAAGACAAUUUGAAGGUUUUGGACGAGACUGUAGCACAGCUCACUGAAAAGUUUCCUGGAAUACCAAUCUUUCCAGCUCUAGGAAACCAUGAAAGUGCUCCUGUCAAUAGCUUUCCACCUUCUUUUGCUCCGAAGGAUAGUAGUAUAUCAUGGUUAUACGACGCCCUUGAUAAGCACUGGAGACGCUGGUUACCUGCAGGCGUUUCACACACUGUUCGCAGAGGUGCUUUUUAUUCGGUCCUAGUACGUCCAGGUUUCAGAAUACUUUCAGUCAAUAUGAAUUACUGCAAUAACAAAAAUUGGUGGCUGUUAAUUAACAGUACAGACCCAGUAAGUGAAUUACAAUGGCUCGUCUAUGAAUUACAAGGAGCUGAAAUGAAUGGUGAAAAAGUUCAUAUUAUUGGACAUAUACCACCAGGACAUUCAGACUGUUUGAAGGUGUGGUCCAGAAACUAUUACCAUAUCAUCAAUCGGUACGAGUCUACCAUCACAGCACAAUUUUUUGGACACACGCACUACGACGAGUUUCAGCUGUUCUAUGAUACAACUGAUCUUGGAAGAGCUCUCAGUAUAGCUUACGUUGGACCAUCAGUUACGCCUUAUGCUGAUCUUAAUCCAGGGUACAGAAUAUACUACGUCGAUGGCGAUCACCCGAAAACAACUAGAUUAGUUGUAGAUCACGAGACCUGGGUUAUGAAUCUGAAGGAAGCAAAUUUAUAUGAUUAUCCAAUGUGGCACAAACUAUAUAGUGCGCGACAAGCGUAUCAAAUGCCAUCUCUUUUGCCUAGAGACUGGGACUCUUUAAUAGAUAAAAUGAGUAACGAGCCGUCACUCUUUCAUCUUUAUUACAAGAACUACUAUAAAAAUUCUCCUGUGAGGCCAGCGUGCAAUGAUGAAUGUCGGAAAAGACUACUGUGUGAUUUACGAAGUGGUAGAAGUCACGAUCGCAAAGCAUUGUGUCAGAGUCUUGAAUCUAGGAUUGACAGUGAAACAAGGACAGGCUGGCGUGUUUGGAUUUACAAUGGAUUAGCAUUAUCGUACGUACAUAAUUUCUGGAUUAGCCUGUAUUCUAAUAAUACCGAAAAUAACAAAACUGAUGUGAAUAUUAUAUAUGACUCUGUUUAAAAAGUUUUGCACCAAAGUGUUAUGUAUAAUAACAUAAUAUGUGCCAUAUAAGUAUGUACUCUUGUUAGCAUAAUUUUCUAAUUAAGAAACCUGUUAGCUCAAAUUACGUCUGCGUAUAUAACACAAUUUAAAAUUUCGUUAUAAACACUGCAAUAUAAAUAUCUAACACCCUAAUAUCCUAUAUUGUAUCUAUUACUUAUAUUGCAUAACAAUCGUUUUACUUAACUGUAUCAUAUGUAAUUAUAUUUGAAAGUAUCAGACUGAUCUCUGUAUUAUGUCGAUAUAUUUACAAUGGAACAUACCAAAGUGGCAGUCGCAAAUUUUACUGCAAUUUUGUUACUGAGCAGUUCUAAAAAAAAUAUUGAACAUGUAAAUAUUUUCUUUAUCGACCAUUAUUCGCAUGAAAAUAUUAACACUAAAUGUACCGGCACUUUAUAUGUACCUAUCCCUACGAUAACUAGUGAAAUAAUUGAUUACAAAAUAAAAGUAAACAACUUAGACGAUAAAUGUUUCUUACUGAAAACAAAAACGAAAGGAUCGACAUAAAAUUGACAAAUUUAUUAAUCGGGCAUAAGGAAUAGUACUUUUUUUGAGAUCCAAGCCUGCAUUAGCUGCUCUGCCGAACCCAAGUCGCGAAUAUUCCCCUCCUCCUUUAUUAAUUUUUCUUAUUGCUUAACCUGCAGCUUUUCGCUGCUAGGUUUAAUGUUACGUUACGCGCGGUACGUUUAGUGCUAAAAACGGUCUUUAUAUAUAAGGAUGAGAAACAUCGUUAGUCGAAUUAUCUUACAAACAACUAGAGUUAGAAAUGGUUGGACCUAAAUAAUUUUAAACUUCUUUUGCAACUCCGUACUAUAAUAAUUUAAAAUAUCAUAAAAGAUUACUACCUGUUUGAUCGUAGGAAAUCCAAGAGAGCUAUAAUAAUUUCUUAUAUAAACUGACAGGAAAAUUAAUUGAAAUUUGACUAGAAAACCUAAAUAAAGAAAAUUAAGAAAUAUUACGUUUGUUUUAAUGGGCGCGGCAAUCAAGACGCGAGCAAAACAUUGUAUAUAUUUCGGACAGAGUAACACUUCACUUUUUUAUGCAUAAUGCGUAUUAUUAGUUUCGUGCUCAAUUUGUAUUCAACUAAUACGUACGCAAAUCUAAACAAAUAAAUAUUAAAAUAAUUCCAUUUUUGGAAGUAUUUAAUAUUACAAUUUUGUACUGAAAAAUUUCGAUGGUGGGAGACUGAACUUAUCGGUACGGUACAUUGAACAUUCAAUAGAGGUACUACAGUCACUUUUAUAGUGGAUGAGAAAUAUUAAGUAAUUAACUUAUAGUCUCACCUUUGGAGGUGUUUUUAUCAUUUUUAUGUGGAUGAUGGCCAAUGAAGAAACAAAUACGCUUGCGAAAAUAUUCUUACGAGGACUACUUUUUAUCAAAGUUGCGACAAAAUUUUAUUGGACAAAACAGUUUAAUAGGAGAAAAAUAGCAAGAAGGUAAAAACCUUCAACAAACGCUAUCUUUAUGUCUUAUUUAACGUUAGAUGUAUUAGGAUGUAACAUAUUUAAUGCGUUGAAUAUAAUAUAACAUAUUUUUUUAUUAUUACGUAUAAAAAUACUGUUACUUUAAUAUUAGUGUACUAAUUGUAAGAUGGUAUCACUUGAAUACUACUGUUACUAUAAUACUGCUACUCUGAUACUAUUAUUAAUAAAAUAAACUAUUAAUUUAAUUUCACUACUAACUUCGAGUAUGUAAAAAAGCAUCGCAUUUACAAAGCUAAUUACUAAACACCUUUGUAAAAAGCUACCACUGCAUAUUGUAAUGCUUUUGUCUUUAUAUUAAUAUAUCUUUAUUAUUAUUCUUUUCUUCCUAGUUACAAUUUUUUGAAUUGCACAUGGCAGCGAUAAUGCAUGCUUGCAAAGUGCUAUUUAUGUAUGAAAUGAUUGAAUUAUUAUAGAGAUGUUUACGUUAUUUGUGUUUCAGAAAUUUCCUUGUAAAGCAUUCGACAUCGUAAUUAAGCAACAGAGUACCACUGCAUGGUACUAGGAUGCUUUAUUUAUAUUACAUACGGGGAUUCC